CCUGGUGCGAACCUUGACAUGUAACAACGCCGUGAACGCCGGUGAACUUGAAAGGAUCCGUGAUUAUGCGGACCGCUAGCCGAAACUUAAAUCUAGGUCCGUUCAUUCGUUGGAAUAACGAUUAUCAUCCAUCGUCAUCGGUGUGAGAUGAUAUACGGCACGCACAUCUUCCGAGCAGCCACACCGCUAGUCUCGACGACGGAGAAUCGAGUCGCAGAAGAAACGACGACAGCCAUGGCGAACGUGGAGGUUGGUGUUGGUGUCGUUCUUGACCACCGUCGUCAUCACCACGUACUUACUCACCACACCUUGGGAAGGUGUCGCGAAACGCACAUGGCUGGCCUUUUCGCGAUUCUCGGUGUGCCAUUCCUCUUACCCUGCGUGCGCAUGGGCGGGACGCAUCGAUGUAGCAUCCGCCGUCGGCCUAACGGGCUCGGACAAAACUUGCUGAAGCCCGUCGUCCUAAGAUGCACAUACAGGUAGGACGCAUUAUGCGGGAGCACAAAAGGCACACCCUUGCGUCGGCCAACGAGCGCGCGCCACGGCCCGUCGCGGCCUGUAUGUCACAAC